AUGGCUCUAUCCACGAGGCCGCAGGCCUACACAUGCGCACGAUGCCUACUCCUCUCGAGCGCUAAGCGUACCUUCUCCGCCUCCUCCGCGGCUCGAACCGCCCCAAGACGUACACAAGAUUUCAACUCUGGUUUCACAAGCAGCUAUGAUCCGACUAGUGAUACUGGACGUGGGCCCAUGUUCAACAAGAACAACUUCGGAGUUCCGCAGUUCUAUCCCCGAGAUCUGAAGAAGCGUGUAGACGACUAUGUUGUCGGCCAACAUCGAGCAAAGAAGACCAUCUGCUCCACCAUCUUCAACCACUAUCAAGGGGUGCGGCGGAGAAGGCACCAGGAACACGAGGAGAAACUCCAGAGAGAAAAGGCCGAGAGGCAACGCUAUGCCCGAGACAGAGACAUUCUCGAGAGGCGUGACAUUCAUCCUGUUCAAGGUCAGCGAGGUCGUCAAUCUGCCUUCCAGCGCUUCCCUGCUGAUGACGAGUGGCCCCAAGAUGAGUUCCCUGGUCACGCUGAAUCUGCGCAACACCUGGACGAAGGCUAUGAGUCGUCCACCGGUUUUGACGGGUCCUAUCUUGCAGAGGAACCUGCAACCCCUCCUCCAGUCAAGAUAGACAAGAGCAACUUGCUGCUCAUCGGCCCCACUGGUGUCGGAAAGACAUACAUACUAGAAACUCUAAGCAAGAAGCUCAACGUACCGUUCACGAUCUCCGAUUGCAAUGGAUUCACACAGGCCGGCUAUAUUGGACAGGAUGUCGAGACAUGCGUCGAGAGACUAUUGAUCGAAUCGAACUACGACAUCAAAGCUACAGAGCAGGGCAUUAUUGUCCUGGACGAGUUUGAUAAGCUGGCGAAAAGGGAGAGCAUGAACGGCCGCGACGUUGGCGGAGAAGGCGUUCAACAAGCCUUACUCAAGCUAGUCGAGGGCUCCAAAGUAACAAUCAACGUCAAGGACAACCGCUCUUCACGAUCGACACCUCCUAUUACAACAAACUAUACUUCUUCGAGCUCAACGUCAGCCCCUCAAUCGACUCCGCCGCAGGGCAAGGUCGACCAGUACACAAUCGACACGACAAACAUUCUGUUCGUCUUUUGUGGUGCGUUUGUUGGUCUCGACAAGGUUAUUGUACGGAGAGUAUCGAAGCCAUCCAUGGGCUUCGGCUCAGAGCUGAAAGGAAAACAUGGCCUCGCCGGCAAUCAGCACGACUUACCGCGCCAAUCGUUCUCGCAUCUGCCGCAUGUUGACCCCGAGGCACCGGCAUCAGCAUACACUCCCUUGGACCUCACAACGCCAGUGGAUCUGCAGGCGUUUGGGUUCAUUCCCGAACUGAUUGGUCGAGUGCACAACAUCUGUGCACUUAGCCCUUUAUCCCUGAACGAUCUUUACAGAAUUCUGACUGAGCCGCGCAACUCUCUGGUUGCGCAAUACACUGCUCUAUUCGAGACAUACCCUUCCAAGCUACGCUUCACGCAAAAAGCCUUAUAUGCAAUUGCGGAACGGGCUGCGAAGGCCGAGACUGGAGCUCGAGGCCUUAAGAUGGAGAUGGAGAGAGUUCUGGCAGAGCCGAUUUUCGAUGCGCCCAUGUCGUACGUCUUGAUCACCGAAGGUUGCGUAAAGGGCACUGAGAAAGCUGGAUACUGGGGCAAGGACGGCCGUAUGGAACUAGAGCGGCGGAUGGCCGACGAGGAUGCUGAACCUGGAUCGCAGCCACACGAUGUCACCUUUGAGCAGUAUCGCGAAGCUGGCCAGAGUGGCGCAUGA